UGAAUAUAUAGAAAGUAAGUAACGGAAAUUGGCUAAGUAAGUAACGUAAAGUCACAUGAUCUAUUACGUUACUUCUCUUAUAUAAGGUACGGAACGUAAAUUUUUUUGGUAAAUACUUUACGUUACUCUUAUUGCUAAUUGGCCACAUGAUCGCGUCAUGUUUAUUUGUUUAUUGAAUCUUGUUUUCAGUAUAGUCCUUCCAGUUCUGCAAUUAAGGUUCAGUUGUUUUUCAUUUUUUCAUUUUUUUUUUAUUUUAUUUCUGUUUCAUAUUUCGUUUUUCACUAAUUUAUUUCAUUUUUUUUUAGAUAUUUUAGUUCUUUCAGUUCUACAAUUAAUAAAG